AUGGGUCAGGUAUUUCUUGAAGCCAUUUCCUGGUUUUUCCGGAACGUCAACUUCAAUAUCGAUGUUGCUGGUCCGAGAGGGGGUAUCACACCUGCUAUGGGAACUAGAUCCUCUGUGGAUGUGAUGAAAUUAGUCGGCCUUGACUCUAGCAAAGAAGGACGAAUUCGAUACGCCAGUCAACACGGGAUUGGAGGUCAGCCUUUCUCUGCGCCAUGGGGUGAAGCGAUACGCAAACAUGUUCUUCAGAACCACGGUCGAUGA